AUGCCCAAGACCAACAAACACGCAGAAGUCAAGCCUUCCAAGUUCCGAACAGCUCUCUGCGAGUUUUACCUACGCCAGGAAAAAUGCCCUUUUGGGGCUCGUUGCGUCUUUGCUCACGGUGAGCAUGAGCUUCACACGGAGGAGCGCAAUGUAGAACUGCUGAGGGCUACCGGUCUGCAGCGGCUCGACGCCGCCGUGCUUCCCGCCCCGACACGGUCCAGCGCGAUCACCGUGGAGAGCGCUCUCAAUUCCGUCUUCCCCAUCACGACCUCCUUCCGACGGCAACCAGUUAUUGUUUCGCUUCCGUGUUGGACGGACUCGCGAGUGGUGGGGUUUGAGCAGAGUGAGGCGGCGGCACCGGUAACCCGACUGAGGGAGUGUGAGGUCGCAACAUGCACGCCCAUCCCGGCAAGGGAGGUGAGUCGUGCCCGCUGCCCUAGCAGAUUCUCCGCCAGUUGCUUCACAGAGGGCCCUGUGAUGUACCGACACAACCCGUAUGCCCUCUCUACACAGUACGAAUGA